CACCAAUGAGUUGCUGUCUCGUUGGAGGGCAGACUUUGGGCGGAAGUGUCUCUGUAGCCCGAGAGAAGCGAGAUGGGGGUGAAGCUGGAGGUGUUUCGGAUGAUCGUGUACCUCACUUUCCCUGUGGCUAUGUUCUGGAUCUCCAAUCAGGCCGAGUGGUUUGAGAGUUCUGUCAUACGGCGCAAGAGAGAGCUAUGGCCGCCUGAGAAGGAGGGCCAGCGCCAAGAGCUAGAAAAAUUCAAAGAGAGGAUCCGGAAGCAGCGGGAGGAGAAACUCCUUCGAGGCGCCCAGCGGAGCUCCUGAGCCCGCCAAGCACUUCACCCCGGUCCCUCUGCUCACCAAAUAACACAGACUCCAUUCCUUGUU